AUGGGUAUCCAACGCAGCGGCCAGACAUCUCAGGUCAAUUUCUUCGAUACCGCAGGUCAACUGGUUCAGGAAUAUGGGCAGCUCCAGGUUCUGGAUGACCUGAUCCGUUUGGGAGCGGCCGAUCUUGUCCAACACCCGAUUCUUGCCUAUCCCCGAUCAGCGAGCCAUGCCGCGUCCUAUGACUACUAUAGUGGUCAAGACUUGAAUGCCAUGAUCAACCAAGCGGCGACGAUGCUUAUGGACCUUGGCUUUCAGACGCCAAGACGAAACAAAUCGGUUAUCGCGCUCCUUGCCUUGUCAGAUCUUGACAUGGUCGUGACAUUCUUUGCUCUGAGCCGACUGGGCUACAUUGUCCUCAUGCUUUCGCCAAGAUUGUCGGGCGAGGCGUGUGUGUCCUUGUUAGAGACGGUGGGGUGCGACUCCAUUGUUUACGGGGGAUCCCCCAGCAUCCGCUCGACGGUGGGUAGCAUAUUGCAACGGAAGCUGGUGAGCUGCCGUCCCCUACCUCGAAGCUCUUUGGACACCAAAGCUGAGCCCAGGUUCUUCUUCCUUUGCCGCGAUCGUAACCCCGACAAGACCGCCUUGAUCCUGCAUUCUUCAGGAUCCACUGGCACUCCCAAACCGCUGUUCCUUACCCAUCGAGCGCUCAUGACACACCCUCUGAGAGGCCCUGGACUCACAUUGUUCAAUCCUCUUCCCUGGUAUCAUCUGCACGGGCUGUCCACCGCAUUCCAGGCCAUGUGGAGGAGAAAGACCGCAUACAUGUGGAAUGCCGCACUGCCAAUGACAGCGGAGCACGUGCUCACCGCCUUGGAACAAGCUCGGCCCGAGCUGAUAGCUGCGGUCCCGUACAUGCUGCAGCUGUUGGCGGAUGAUCCUCGUGGCAUUGCGGCGCUGCGGAAAUGCACGCUGGUCACGUACGGGGGUGCUCCCUGCCCCGAUGAAUUGGGCGAUCGCCUGGUUAGGGAAGGUGUCACUUUUGGAGGUUCAUUCGGCCUCACCGAGGCAGGCCUUGUGGCAGAUUCGAUCUCACGGCCCGAAGACGACCCUGGUUGGAACUACCUGCAGUUCUUUGACAGCGUGCGACCAUAUAUUUGGAUGAAACCCAUCAGCGAAACUGAACCUCUCUAUGAAUGCGUUUACCUGGCCGGUCAUCCGGCUUUGACCACGUCCAAUUCAGACGAUCCACCCGGAUCUUUCCAUUCUAAGGACGUAUUCGCCCCUCAUCCUACGACUCCGGGGCGCUGGAAGUACAUGUCGAGACUGGAUGACCGCGUCACCCUCGUCAAUGGCGAAAAAGUCUUGCCGCUUUCUAUGGAAGGCCAUGUCAAGCAACAUCCGCUGGUCCACGAAGCGGUGGUGGUGGGAGUGGGCAAAGCCACUCCGGGACUUCUGGUCUUGCGCUCGGAGGAAGCCGAGUCUGAUCCUCUGCCGGAUGAGGACUACCUCGAUGCUAUCUGGCCGUCCAUUGAAGAGGCUAAUUGCCAGGCAGAGGCCUUUGCUCAAAUUUCACGGGACAUGGUGGCGAUUCUGCCAUACACUGCAAAGUUCUUCCGAACAGACAAAGGAUCUAUGAUACGAGCACAGGUCUACCAGCAAUAUGCGGAGUUGAUCGAGACCCUGUACACCACGGAAGCGCGACCCAAUGGGGGCCUCCAACUAGGCCUGGCCGAGACGCAGUCUCACCUUCUUCAGCUGUGCUGGGAUGAACUCGGGGUUUCCAUCUCGAGUGUGGAUGCCGAUCUCUUUUCUGAAGGUGUCGACAGCCUGAAAGCAAUGCACCUCCGCCGCUUGAUUCUGCAGCAGUUCCGGUUUGACCCCUGCCACUCUCCGAGUCCCAACUCGGUGUUUGAAAUGGGCACUCUCUCGCAGCUAGCCCUCUAUAUCUGCGCGCUGCAGGGCGGAGAUAGGCUAUCGACGGCCGAAGACAGUAUCUUACUGAUGGACAACUUAGUCAAGAAAUACUCCUCAUUUCGGAAACACCUUCCUUGCCCGGAAACUCCACGGAGGACAAGGAGCGUGCUGUUGACAGGAGCCACUGGCUCAGUGGGUGCACACGUGCUGUUCGAAUUGCUGAACGAUGACUCGGUGUCGACCGUUUACUGUCUCACACGGCGGGCAUCUCCGUUAAAGGCGGUGCGCGGAAGCCUGUUCGAAAGGGGCCUGUUGCUUUCGCUAGAACAGACAUCAAAGGUUGUGGCACUAAACGGCGCACUGGACCGGCCUGAUUUUUGUCUGGACCUAGUGGGGAAGACCUUUCACUGUAUGCUAGACUCUGUGUCUCUAGUUAUCCAUACUUUCGAGCCACACCUCCGGGGACUAUACAACCUUAUUAUGUUUUCUCUUUCCGUCCGAAGACCUGAACCUGCGGUUAUAUUGUUUUGCUCUUCUAUCUCUACGGCGCUGGGGGCCUCCUCGGCCACGAUCGAAGAGGAAGCAGUCGAUCUUAAUAGCGCGCUGAUGGGCUACGGACAUUCGAAGAAAGGCCUGUGGAACGACUCCGAGGCAAUUCCUUUGCUGAUCCGAUCGGCACUGACCCUACGAGCCCUGCCUGAACUACAUUAG